CGUGCGUCAGUGUAACAUAUUAUACACGCCGCGGUGUAGUGGUCGCUGCCGCCGUCCGUCCACCGUCUGCUUCUCCGUCUCGCUACUCUCGUCCGCGUAUCGCCGCGCCACGAGCGCUUUUCCGCUCGUCGACCGUCUCGCUCGCACACUACCGCCGCCCGUUUUACGCACACACGCACACGCACUACUACUACUUACUGCUCACCACUACUACUACGGUACUACUACUACAGUACUACUACUACUACUACUCUACUACACUACUACUAUAAUACUACCACUACAACAACUACUACUGCUGCCGCCGCCGCCGAAGCUGCUUACUACUACGACGACGACUCAUUUCCGCGCGCGCGUUUCGUGAUAACACGACGACGACCACCUCCGCCGCCGCCGAUGCCGCCGUCGGCUAUGCGCUCAGUACGCGUUUGAUAUCCGUCCCCGGUGCAACUGCAGCCGUUCCGUGUUCUCCACACGUGACCACGCGUUGCCGGCCCGGCCGUGCGAAUAAUAUUGUACACUAAUAAUAUUUUAAUCAAUAUUAAUAACAAUAACAACAACAACAACAACAACACGACGGUGUACGUAGUAUUUUACACAUGCGAACCAUACGUCGGCCCGGUGCCUUAUCGUUUGGAAUUUUUUUUAAAAAGAAAAAGACUACCACCGCCGACGGGACGGACACCGUAAAACCGCACGGCAGUGAAAUAUCAUAAUUUUAUUACUGUUAGCGUUCAUCAAUUUUUUUUCAAAUUUAAAUCUUUAUCAGAUCGCGAAUUCCCUGACGGGAAAUCCCGAAACGGCUACACGCUGCAGCCGUUGUCGCCACCGACGUCGCCUACUCCGCCUUCACCAUUUCAACGUAGUAGUUCACACGCCAAGAUGGAGCAUUCACCGUAUUCGCAAAGCCCGAGUCCAUCAUCGUCAUUGGUAAACUUUCCAACACCGACAAACUUACCAGAUAUCAGAUUACACAGACCAUUUAGUCAGAUGCACGACCUCAAGCACCUACACAGCCCGUUCAAUCUGCGGUUCAUGGAGAACUACCCGGCGCUGCCCGCGCACCUGCUGCACCAUCUGCAGUCGCCGUUCUUGCACCCGGCGCUGGACCCGCGGGUGUCGUUUUCGCCGGCGGGCGUGUUCCAACCGCUCGGCCCGCCGAGUCCGCACCACCAACACCCGCACCACCAACACCAUUCGCAUCACGCGGCCGCUGCGGCCGCGGCCAGCCUCAAGGGGUUCACUUCAGCGUUCGCGCCGCCGUCCAAAUGCUACAAGAUGGACGACAAACAGGCGUCGCACGCCGAGGGAGCGGCGCAACAACAACAACAACAACAACAGCAGCAGCCGCCGGGUUCGCACCAACAGCAUCAUCAACAACAGCAGCAUCAACUCCAGCAGCAGCAACAACAACAACCGGUACCGCCGUCGUUUCCGUAUCCGCCCAGGAGGAGUCCUUGUUCGCCGGGCAACAUGCCCGUGUCGCCGCCGUCGUCCAGCGCCGCUGCGACAAUGCACCAGCAGCACAAGGACGAGUGCUCGGACAGGGACACGCCGAGUUCCGGUGCGGUAUCCGAAGACGGCAGGAUGAUCAGAAGCACAGAAACUACCAAGCUGUAUCACCGACGUACAAUAUUUGUACAGCUGUGAAUAUUGGAGUAAUUUCGCUGAUUAUCUCGAUACGAUAAC